GUCACAUUGUCCAUAAUGCAUUUGAUUUCACAAUGCUGAAGAAAUUCAUCGUGCUUGUUCUCAUACUGGUACUGGUACUACCGACGGCUUGGAGCAGACCUUUGUUGCUACAACCAGACCACCCACCGCUCGCUGCAGAACUGACGUCACGGGUGGCAGCACGAGCGUCCCGCUUGAUGCAGGACACUGCUGCAGACACUCGGCUGAUGAUCCCCGGCCUGCAGGAGCUGGCUGCCAUGAAGAAGGUCGCCGAGACCCUCAUCAUGCUCGGACAGCAGGUAAUUCCCUCCAUAAUCGGUGAAAUGCCUAAUGUAGACCUCAUGGGGUCCAUGGGUACCCUAACUACUGAAAUACCUAACGAUGCUGUCAACAAGAAGUAAUAUAAUGUCCAAAGAUAGAUUCUUACCAUAUAAGUUCUUAGAUAUUAAUAUGUUCAUGGUUUUUGUCAUUUAAUUAUCAUGAUAAUAAUUUAUAAGGGUAUUUAAAUAUAACGGUUAUAUACAGUAGGUUAAAAGAGCGACUUUCGUACAUAUUGUUAUUCAAAUAAAAAAUAUUGUUAUUU